AUGGAAGUCUUGGGGCUCCUCAGACUGGAAGCCAGUGGCCCCAUGGUGAUGGUGGCCCUGUCAGUAGUCCUCUUGGUUCUCCUGAAGUGGUACUCCACAUCAGCAUUUUCAAGACUAGAGAAGUUGGGCAUCAGACAUCCCAAGGCUUCUCCUUUUAUUGGAAACUUGACAUUUUUCCGCCAGGGUUUCUGGGAAAGCCAGAUGGAGCUCAGAAAGCAAUACGGACCUCUGAGUGGGUACUAUCUUGGUCGUCAGAUGUUUAUUGUUAUCUCUGACCCAGACAUGAUCAAGCAGGUAUUGGUUGAGAAGUUCAGUAACUUCACCAACAGAAUGGCAACAGGUUUGGAGCCCAAACCGGUCGCCAACAGUGUCCUGUUUUUACGUGACAGAAGAUGGGAAGAGGUCAGAAGUGUCCUGACUUCUGCUUUCAGUCCUGAAAAGCUGAAUGAGAUGAUGCCUCUAAUCAGCCAAGCCUGCAACCUGCUCCUGGCCCACUUAAAGCACUAUGCAGAAUCCAGGGACGCUUUCGACAUCCAGAGGUGCUACUGCUGCUACACCACAGAUGUGGUUGCCAGUGUCGCCUUUGGCACCCAGGUGAACUCCCAGAAGGCUCCCGAGCACCCCUUUGUGAAGCACUGCCGGCGCUUCUUUGCAACCUCCAUCCCCAGACCGAUCCUGGUUUUAAUCUUAUCAUUUCCAUCCAUAAUGGUCCCACUGGCCCGGAUUUUGCCCAAUAAGAACCGAGAUGAACUGAAUGGCUUCUUUAACAAACUCAUUAGGAAUGUGAUUGCCUUGCGGGACCAGCAAGCAGCAGAAGAGAGGCGGAGAGAUUUCCUCCAAAUGGUCCUGGAUGCCCAACACUCCACCACCUCCGUGGGCGUGGAGAACUUUGACAUGGUCAGACAAGUCUUCUCUGCCACUGAAUGCACAGUGAAUCCUGCCCAGCAACACCAGCCCAGACUCCUGUCCAAGCCUUUGACUGUGGAUGAGGUCGUGGGCCAGGCCUUCAUCUUCCUCAUCGCUGGCUACGAGAUCAUCACCAACACUCUCUCUUUCGCCACCUACCUCCUGGCCACCAACCCUGACUGCCAAAAGAAGCUUCUGAGAGAGGUGGACCAUUUCAGCGAGAAACAUCCGGCCCCUGAGUACUGCAGCCUCCAGAAAGGCCUGCCCUACCUGGACAUGGUGAUCGCAGAGACCUUGAGGAUGUACCCACCGGCUUUCAGGUUCACACGGGAGGCGGCACAGGACUGCGAGGUGCUGGGGCAGCGCAUCCCCGCGGGCGCCGUGCUGGAGAUGGCCGUGGGCGCCCUGCACCAUGACCCCGAGCACUGGCCGCGCCCUGAGACCUUCGACCCUGAGAGGUUCACAGCCGAGGCCCGGCAGCGCCAGCAGCCCUUCACGUACCUGCCGUUCGGGGCAGGUCCCCGGAGCUGCCUCGGGGUGAAACUGGGGCUCUUGGAGGUCAAGCUGACGCUGUUCCAUGUCCUGCGCAAGUUCCGGUUCGAAGCCUGUCCUGAGACUCAGGUACCGCUGCAGCUAGAAUCCAAAUCUGCCCUAGGUCCAAAAAAUGGCGUCUACAUCAGGAUUGUCUCCCGCUGA